AUGGUAGGCUACUACCAACACAAUAUCAAGUGUUUCUCGCAGGUUGCUAGCCCCCUUGCAGACUCGCUGAAAAAGGACGCAUCCUUCGACUUGAAAACCGAGCACCGAGUCAUCUGUCCUCGGACGAGACGACGACCCGAGGUAGAUGAUGCAUUUGAAGAGCUGACGGAGGAAGAGUUCCGGCAGUAUUUUCGUCUUUCCAAACGAACAGUGCGUACCUUGUGCGACGAGCUUGACCCCAUCAUUGGAUGCCAGCGAGCCAGUGGCCUUUCCACAGAAAGGAAGGUGUUGUGCGCGCUGCGAUUCUUCGGCACCGGAAGCUUCCAGAGGAGCGUUGGUCGCGAGGAGCAAAUAGGCAUGGCGCAGUCGGCCGUGAGCAACACCAUCCACGAGGUGACGGAGGCCAUCAUUUCCGUGUCUGCCCGGAAAACGUUGGUGGACUUUUCAUUGACACCGGCUGCCAAGGAUGAGGCAAAGGCGGCGUUUGCGCGACGCGGUGCCAUUCCAGGCGUGCUAGCGUGCGUCGACGGCACGCUGAUCGCCAUUAUGAAGCCAGAGGGACUCAGCCCGGCCGACACGGUGUGCAACGCAGAACUUCGCAUUCUUGUUGUUUAUUCCCGGUUCCCUGGUUCGUGCCACGAGUCUUGGGUGUGGCAGCACAAUCCACUGCGCGCACGCCUAGCCGCACAACUGCAGCCUGGCGAGUAUCUGCUUGGAGACUCGGGAUAUCCCCUCGAGCCGUGGCUGCUUGUACCUGUACCUGGCAGUCAUGCCGGCACCACCUCCGAAGGCUGCUACAACCGGGAGCACGCAUCCAUGCGCACUGUUGUGGAGAGAUUGCCACCAGCUGAGGAGCCAGAGGAGCCUGGAGACAGCCAGGUACUGGCACCGCUCGACGUGUUCCUCAGAGGAAGGCAGCAGCGCAGCGCCGUUGUCAACCUUUUCUGA